UGCCACGCGGUCUGUUCGCUCCUUUGUUGCCGGAAAAAAAUUCAAAGAAUGGAGGCACAUCCCGAUCCUAAGAGGUUGGAAAACGGAGAUGUAUCUCAGCAAGAGGAGUCGCAGGGAACAGAUCUCGCAGAUCUGGCUGUUGAGCGCUUUAUCAGUAGCUCUACGCCGGCAUCAAGGUUCCUGCAGGCUGAGCUGGAACUGAAUGCAAGGUUACGUAUGAUGUCCUUUGGAAAACCUGUGCGAUACACGUACAACCCGCUGGAGUAUGCCUGGGACACGCAUCAAUGUUACGUGGAGACGUACUGUCGAGAAGGGCAGAGUAUUCUCUUUCUGGGAAUGAACCCAGGUCCUUUUGGCAUGGCACAAACAGGGGUUCCAUUUGGUGAGGUAAAAGCAGUUCGUAAUUGGUUGAAGAUCACUGGAACGGUUGGACGUCCAGAUGACGAGCACCCCAAACGGCGAAUCACAGGGCUGGACUGUACUCAUAGUGAAGUAAGCGGAGCACGUUUCUGGGGCUUUUUCCAAGAGCUUUGCGGCGAGCCACACAACUUUUUCCGUCACUGUUUUGUGCACAACUUGUGCCCUCUCAUUUUUAUGAAUGAAUCAGGCAAGAACCUAACGCCACCUGAACUGCCCGCCGGGGAGCGCGACGCUCUUUUAUCCUGUUGCGAUGGUGCCCUUUGUCAAGUUGUCACUGCAUUAGGUGUUUCCAUGGUUAUUGGAGUGGGCAAAGUUUCUGAGCAGCGAGCUCGGCGGGCUCUAUCUGAAGCAGGUAUUAAGGUAAGAGUGGAGGGAAUUAUGCAUCCAUCACCAAGAAACCCUCUGGCCAAUAAGGGUUGGGCAAACAUAGUCAGGACCAAGCUAGAGGAACUUGGACUUUUGAGUUUGUUCACAAAAUGACAAUUCUUAUAUCAUAAACAUUUUUAAAAUCACUCAAGAGCAGUGUUCGAAUUAUGUCAAAGAUUAUGGGGGUCCCCAAACUAAGCUCCACCCACCCAGGCCUCCCCUCAUUAUAGGGUUGCAGUGAUUUCAAAAAGUAAGAUCUGAUCCUGAUUAAAAAAAAAUUGUUGGUCCUGGAUCAAUGUUUUAAUCAAAGAAACCCCAAUAACUCAAACCCUAAAAUUUUUUACCUUUCAAAUAAGUAUAAAUUAAUGUUUGAGAAUAAUUCUUAAAAGGCCAUAACCCUAAAGAUUACUAAAUAUAUUAAAUAAAGAUAAUAACUAAAGAUUCUUACCAUCAACGAGAUGAAAAUAAUCCACAUGUAGAUACAUGGCUGCAUUUCCCGCAUUUGUAGGCUGCAUACGUCAUUAAGACGUAUUAUAAAGUUGACUAUUAUUUUAGUUAAUCAUAAAUUGUUGUAAUAUGUUAAUGACUUGCGAAUGUAAUGCUCAGUUAACUUAAACAAACCGAGCUUGAUGACGUAUACAGCCUGCAUAUCUGACCUCCGUAUUGACUCGUCUGUCAAUUCCUCCAGAAACGUUGUGCUUUGUGCCAGCGCAGCACGAGAAUUUUAAAUUCAUGUUGUAUUCUAAUUUGAAUACAAGGUGACCUCCCUAAUUUAUAUUUUUGUGAUUUAUAGGGGUCCCUCAUUGCGUAUAAGAGGUUCGGGACCACCCCAGACCCCCUAAUUUGAACACUGCCCAGGAGUACUUUUGAACUCUAAUAUAAUCAAUGUUGUACCAAGACAUUGUUGUAAUUGUUGAUUUGUAUUUUACGUGUGUGUGUGUGUGUGUGUGCGUGUGUAAGUGGAUGAGCAGGUGCAUGCGUGUAGUUUUUAGAAGUGAUAAUGCUUACAAAAUACAGCCGUGGAAAAAAUGAAAGGCGGGGUGCAUGAUCUCUUAAAGCCAAUGUUGACAUUUGAAAUCACCUGAACAAACACACCCCUACCUCAAUAAAAUGUUUUCCACAUUUCAGUUUUCUGCAAAUAAAUGCAAACAAAAAAAAAAAAUUUUAUUAGGAACAUUAGAAAUGUUGUCGGUAGUUUGCAGAAUUAAAUAAAAAUGAUCAAUUCACUUAAACUAAAUAGGAAAUUUAAAAUCUCUUAAUUUUUUCAGCGACUGUAUAGCUCUUUGUUUUUGACCAUAUUUGAAUUUCUAUGUCCGAGUUGUAAAGAUAUAUGUCAUAAUAUGUUAUGAAUUAAUGUGUUCCUGUAACUCAGUUGGCGGAGCUUUACGUUGCCGAAGCAAAGGUUACCUGAGAUCAAAUAUACUGAAACAUUGUAUAGUUUGAAAUUACUGUACAUUGGUUUGGAUGAAAGCAUCUUCCUAAUGCAUAAAGGCAAAUCUAGAAAUAAUAUAAUUGUCAUAAACUAAAACAUUAUCAAAAUCCUGAAUAUAUGCAAGUCUACACUGACCACCAGACAACAAAGACUUCUGGAGGUUGGAGGUCAGCACCUUCGUUUACUAUGUGUUUAUUUCUAUGUUGUUGCCCCAAAAGUUGGAUAAAAUGUUUGAAUAAUGGCAAUAAAUUCUACCUCAUAUACAGUACAAUAAAUGAACAUUUUAUGUGUAUCCUUAUACAUCAUUACAGAUAUGUUAAGUCUUUGAGGUGAACUCUUUAGGCGUAAAGGUGUACUUUUAUUUAAAGGGAACCACCCAAGUGAGAGCUGGGUUACAUAUUUUGACAGUGUAGUGUUUAUUUGAUUUAUAAAUAUAUAGUUAGAUACUGUAGAUUCAGGCUGUAUAUUUAAACUGUAUAUUUACAACAAACUAAAGAGAUUUUGGAAGAAAUAUCCUUCAUCCAGAAAUGAUACAAAAUGAAAAACGUCAAAUAUCACUAAUUUCAUGAUUCCUAAGCACAGCUAUAGACAAACUGUAGUAUUUUAUGAAUCAUUCAUGUCCAUGCAGUGCACAAACUGAGAAAUAAUAAAUGCCUUCCUUACCAAACCACAGUUGCAAUACUCUUCAGUGCUUUGUUGUUGUGUAGUAAAUACACAGUUAUAAUCUGUCUCUGUUGUCUUGACACAGUAAACUCCCGAUGACCUGAUAGCAUCAUGUAUGAGGAGACACUAAAUGUACAUUAGUCCCCGUUAUAUAGCUGAUGCUUGUCAGAUGCAUCAAUACAAUGACAAAUGAGAGCUUUGGGUUAUUAAAGGAGAAUCAGAGCACAAAAUGUAGAUGUUUUCGCAAUAUUUAAUCAAAGCAUUAUUAAGUUUGUACAGCUACAAAACUUAAAACAUUUGCAAAUCUGUAUCAUUUCCCUUUAACCAUUUUAGGGUUUCUAUAUAAUCUAUUCCACCCCAACCUAAACCUUACCCUAAACUCAAACCCUUUAUAUACAAAAAAAAUUAAAUAUGUAAUGUAUUCUUUUUAUAUUAUGCAACGUAACAGACUGAAAUGUGUAGGAAAAUUUAGUAACAAACGUUUUGGGACACCCCUCCAAAUAAUUGAAUUCAGGUGUUCCAAUCACUUCCAUUGAAAGGAACUCGUAAUGCUUCAUCAUACCAGGACAUUUUCAUGCUCCCAACUUUGUGGGAACAGUUUGGGGAUGACCCCUUCCUGUUCCAACAUAACUGCAAACCAAUAAAAUAUCUUUGGGAUGAAUUAGAGUGGAGACAAAGAGUGAGGCCAUCUCGUCCAACAUUAGUGUCUGACCUUACAAAUGUGCUUUUAGAAGAAUGCUCAAAAAUUCCCAUUAACACACUCCUAAACCUUGUAGAAAGUCUUCCAAGAAGAGUUGAAGCUGUUACUCCAUAUAAAACCCUAUGGAUUAAGAAUGGGAUGUUAUUCAGGUGUUUUAAAACAUAAGUAAAUGUACAGUGGUAUAACUCUGUGUAAAAAUACACAAGUACCCUCAUGAGAUCACACUUUACAGACACUAUACUAGAUGUGUUGCAAAUGUUAAACCGUCUUGAAGGAACUUGCCAUUUUUGCUUGCUGUAAAAAAAUCCAAUAGGCUUAAAUUGAGGUGAAUCAAAAAAAUUAUAACUUAGACUUGGGAGUUAUUUUCCUCAAUGUCACAAACUAACACUGGGACAGUAAAUUUUUAAAAAGUCCUAAUAUUUACCUUUGAGGUACCAUUAAGCACAUACAAAGGUGUGCCUUUUAAAAGUGUAUCGUCUUCUGUAACUUCUGUAACUUUUUUCUGAGAGUGUAGCAACCACAGACCAAAAUCUCAGAAGUCCUUAGAAAGACUUUAGUGUAGUAAUAAUGUGCUGUAAUUCAGAAGGAUACAUCCGGAGAGCUAUAUUCAUUUAUGAUGGUCCAUUCUUGUUUUCACUAUAUCCCUCUUAAGAAUUGGCUCAGUCUAAUCUUCCCCCUUAAUUUCUCUUCAGCGAUGUUUCUCUGCUUUCGAUGUUGGUUUAUUAAUUGAUUUUUUACUUAAUGUCUCUUCUAAUUCUAGGUUGCCUGCGUUUUCAUUACACCCCAUGGAGUCAUUAGCAGAACUCUGCUGUCCAUUGACGCCAUGCUGUUUUAUUAAUUACGUAACACAGUAAUGUGAUUUAUGUUCAUAUGUGUGUCUAUAUGUCAC